AUGCAGAGCGGCUCCAUAUCAGAACGACCUAGCUCAAACUACUUUGGCAUCACCGUAGAGAACACGAGCAAUCCCCCAACUUCCACUCCAGGACCUCAUGCACAAAAGAACUGGGGCCAGUAUUCUCGAGCCCAGUCUACUCUGCCAAGCCCCAAGUUACAAUUAUAUUCCCAAGAGUCCGUCUCCGAGGGGCUCGUCAACCUGUUGAGAUCUGAAUCUGAUACCGACAAAGAUCGUCGGGAAUCCGCUGUUAAGCGUGAUCCCUCUCAAGAUGGCAGCUCGGAUACGAAGAAUGGCGAGUCAACCCAGUGGGCUCAAUUGCACUUUGGCGGGAACAAGCCGGCAGACCACAAGAACUCGACAACGCCCUCGAUAGAACUGGCGCCUGGAUCGUCCCAGUGGGUUUCACCUGAGCGCUGCGCGGAUAUUGUCAAACCUCCUGCCAAAGGCGUACUCUUACUGGAUGUUCGACCAUUUGCCCACUACUCUCAAUCCAAUAUACGUGGCUCAUUGAAUCUAUGCAUACCAACUACUUUGCUCAAACGCCGUUCAUUCGAUACACAAAAACUCGAAGGUACAUUCACAAGCGACCUUGACAAGGAGAAAUUCGCCAAAUGGAAGGAGUGUCAUACCAUCAUCGUUUAUGACGCUGCCACAACUGAGUCGAAGGAUUCGGCUCCUCUCUUGAACGUUAUCAAUAAAUUCCAGGCAGAAGGCUGGAAAGGUGAAGGCUUAAUCUUAUGGGGUGGUUACAAAACAUUCUCUUCCCGCUUCCCCUUCUUGCUCCACAGACCCCAAAUGGAAACAGCCAGCCAGUCUCCGAAGAAACGGCACCCAAUGAGCAUUAACCUGGGGUCGAUAGCCCCUGUUGUUGGGGGGUGUGCUUUACCCGACUCCUCAUCGGCUGCAAAUCCGUUCUUCAGUAACAUUCGUCAAAACAUGGAUCUAGUGGGUGGCGUCGGGCAAAUCGCCUUGAAAUUACCGGACAACUUGACAGAAUCAAAGCGGAGGCGGCUUCCUCCCUGGCUACGAAAUGCUUCAGAUGCUAAAGAUCAAGGCCAUGUGGUAUCAGACAAGUUCCUCGAUCUGGAAAAGAAAGAGCUUGAGCGGAUGAAGCAGGCUUUAUCUUAUGACGGAUCUUCGGCCUCGGCGGGAGGAGCUUCCAAGAAGUACAGAGUCGCCGGUAUCGAAAAGGGCACAAAAAACCGAUACAACGACAUAUAUCCAUUUGAUCACUCUCGAGUCCGACUUGAAGAAGUACCGCUGGGGGGCAACCGUCGUUACAUUGCAACACAAGCCCCAGUCCCCGAUACGUUCAACGACUUUUGGCGGUUGAUUUGGGAACAAGACGUCCGUGUCCUCGUUUCUUUGACCGCUGAAGUGGAACGAGGCCAAGUGAAAUGCCAUCCCUUCUGGCAGUCUGGGGAUUACGGGCCAUUCAAGGUCAAAGCCUACCAAGAGCGACACAUCAAUGUUGAACCCCAUCCAGUCCAUUCCGAGUCCCAGAAGUCUUCCGCCCCAGACCAAAGAACACAGCGAACAGAUGACAACAAUGAAAACCCCGUUAUCAUUGUGCGGCAUUUCAGCCUCUACCAUACCGCUCUACCAUUCCAACCGCUUCGAGAUAUCACACAGCUCCAGUACCCUUACUGGCCUGAUUUUGGAACCACCUCGCAGCCUGCUCAUUUACUCAGUCUCAUUGAGCAAUGUAACAAAGCGGUGCGUGCCACCAGCAAGACAGAGUUCAGUAGUCACGAAGCGAACCCAAGCGGUCAGCGACCAAUCUUAGUCCACUGCAGUGCGGGUUGCGGGAGGACAGGGACUUUCUGCACAGUGGACAGUGUACUGGACAUGCUGAAACGACAACGGGCUCCGGACGCACAAACUACUAGCUCUCCGGAAUGGGUCGACGAUCCCAAUAUUGACUUGAUCACUAAGACCGUGGAAGACUUUCGGACUCAGCGCCCGAGCAUGGUGCAAAAUCUUAACCAGUUUGUCCUCUGCUAUGAAAGUAUCCUUGAAUGGCUGGUCUCGCGGAUGGACGAUGAACACGACCAACGGUGA